AUGGGCAAACAACCCCAUCGUCUAACAGAAUAUAUAAUUGUGCUUGAUGAACAAGCAAAUAAAAGCAACAAAUUCUGUAUUUGUCAAGAAUGCGUAUUUGGUUCUUCUUAUGAAGAAGCAUAUAAGAAUAAGUUUGCAAACACACAAGAACUUGUUCGCCGCCACUUAAAAAAUUGCAAAUAUUUUAAGCAAAAAUAUAAUGAAUCUGAACAGGCAGAAAUUUUAGCCAAAUCAGAUAAAGUGGAUUCAGCAACUAAUAAUUCUUUUCAAGAAAGUACCAAUAAUAAUUCUGCUACUGGAUCUGAGAUUUCUUCAACUGCUAACUCUCUUCAGUCAGAUAAGUUUCGAGGUAAAAAAAAUAACAUAGAUCGAUAUUUAUUACGACCUUUAAGUGAAGAUCAACAGAAGCAUUUCGAACAACUCCUACUUAAAGCAACUGUUUCAUGUGGUUGGGCUUUUUCUUGGAUUGAAAACUCUGAAAUAAAGAUGCUCUUUGAGUUUCUCUAUCCACCAGUUAAACUGCCCUCACGAAAAAAGCUUG